AUGGAAGUCUCGCACAUCGUCAAUCUCGUCUUGAACGCCUUCACAUCCUUCUCCGCCAUUGUGUUCAACUCUUUUACAAUUCACGCUUUGAGGAAAACUUCAUCCUUACCGGCUCCUUUCAAAACACUUCUCCUGAGUCUUGCAGUCUCUGAUCUUACUGCUGGUUUGUUAGCUCAACCAUUAUACAUUAUACUAAUUGUCAUUUCGUCCAAGCAAAACACCGCAGACCAUGCCUUGACAUCCACCAUACUGGUCAUUGUAUGUGCUCUAUGCGCUGCUUCACUUCUCAGCGUCAUCGCUCUGAGUAUGGACAGAUUCCUGGCUGUUCAUCUUCAUCUCAGAUAUAAGGAACUUGUAACCCACAAACGUGUCGUUGGUGCAGUGAUCUUGAUAUGGAUAUUAAGUGUAGGUAUUUCACUAGUUUGGAUUUGGAGAGACAUAUACAAAGUCUUCUCUCUCGUCGCAAUCAUUUGGAGUCUUUGUUUCGUUUACAUGACAAUUGUUAAUUUGAGAUUAUCUCAAGCUAUUAAACGCCACAGAAACCAGAUCCAGGCAGACUUACGGGUACAGCAAGUAGCACAGGCAGCAAAACCAAGAAAAUCUGCUGUUAGUGCACUGUAUGUGUAUCUUUUAGUUUUAGUUUGUUAUCUGCCGAUGUACUGUAGCAUAAUUUUAUAUGUGGUACGUAAAGGUGACUCAGACAGUUCACUUUUCUACUCACGGACUGUAAUGUUUUUCAACUCGUCUCUGAAUCCUAUUAUUUACUGUUGGAGGAUAAGACCAAUUCGUCAAACCAUCAUGAGCAUACUGGGAAACAUAUUCUCAUGUAAUUCGGCAGACGAAUUAGUGCUUAAAAGAUCUCUGCAAGAAAGAAUAUCAACAGCAGGUGGUAUCCCCACCGUAGGGAAAUCUACAUGAAAGUUGAGGCGGUUGUGAAUUUUCUUCUUGACUUAGAAAUUUUGGUUUGGGUCAGCGAUUAGUACACUUUUGGUAGUAUGUACACCACAUAAAAAUAAUUAUGAAAAAUAAUGCUUUUUUUAUGAUAAACGGGCAUACUAGGCAAAACAAAAAUAUUAAUUCCAAGCGCUUUCAUAGGAAUUUUAUCUAUGUUCUUCUGGUUAUGAUCUCAGAUUUUCUCAAACUAAGUUGUAGGUUACUAGCGCUACAUGUGCCGUUUUAAUUGGGUUCAUGAGACAAGUUUCAUACAUAGUGUUAGAAUUUGAGUGUUUAAUAAAGCUUUUGCACGAUCAGUGGAAAAUGAAGAUAACAUAUUAGAAGCCUCAUAGGCGAGGACUUUUCUUCAUCAGACACUGACAUAAUUCAUACAAAGUGUAAAUGGCGUGAAGCUUUUUCUCCCCGCAAAUCAAGCCAAAUAUUCCUGAAAUAAAUUGUUUUUCAUGGUGGCAUCCUAGUGCAGAAGUUAUUACCAAAAUGGAGAAAAUUAGGCAUAGUCUUUCAAAGAACCACCAUAAAUUCUGAAUAAUCAAUAUUGAUUUAGGCUUUCAGUGCCUCGCAAGUUUUUCCGCUCAUUUGCAGCCGUCAAUCAGUCUACUACUGUUGUUUUCCUGUUGGUCUACUCCGACCAUACUUUGAGGCACACUUCAUACGUGAGCGCGUUUCCAUUAAUUAAAGUGGCUGGGAGUUCAGAGUUAUUUCCCUACGCGAUUGUCAUGGAAGUUCUUUCUGUGGCGGCUUAUUAGCUCAUUGCUUGACGUCAAAGCGCGUCAGAGCUGGUUUCUUUCUACUUCUGGCAGCCGUCGUAUUCUCAAAAACGUCUGAACUAUUACGCUACGCUGACAUUUUGCCAUUUGAUUUUAUGCAGACAGAACGUUUUUCUUGACGGAAACAAAUUAAAGCGCGUAAUUAAAUCCCUUUGUGUCAAUGCCACCUGGUAGAGGAAGUAGUAGUAAUGCUUCAGGUGUUUGCGUUGAAAAAAAAUGCUUUACCUUGAAAAUAACUUAGAUAGUACUUAGAAACUCAGGACUAAAGUAAGGGUAAAGCCUCAUUGCACUUUUCUCAAAAAAAAAUUGCAAGAAAAGAGCCGCUUGAUUUGUGUGAAUGACAUAUGAUAAAUAUUCCAAACUGGCACCUCCACAGGUCACUGUUUAAAUAGAUAAUCUUAAUAUGAUUCUAGAAAACUGUUUUGAAACCUGAGAUGUGGUAUGCAUACACCUAAGCUAAACGACAAUUCCAAUAUGUAAAGUAAGGACUCAUUUCAUGAAAUAAGAGAAUUAAAUACUCUUUUAUAAAAUUUCAGAAAUUGACGUACAUUUCAGAAAAGAAACGCGAAAGUUUUGUGCUAAUUUGAAUGAAAAUAUUAGGAGAAAACUAGGACUGUAGCGUGGAUUUUAUUGAUAAAGCAUUUUGACCACCGGCCUUUUAAAUUAGGCCAUCGGUAGCCUCCCACCGGGUGAUCGGCAAGCACACUUCGUACGAAACAGAGGGUUUGGGAUGGGAGUGCAUAAAAGUACAAUCAACCUGAAGGGUGCGAGCAUCGUUAAUCUUGUCUUGAACCUAUUAUCAGCCCCUAUAGCCAUCAUUUUGAACAGUUUCACAAUCUAUGUCAUGAAAAAGGCUUCGUUGUUACCGAAGCCUUUAAAAGCAUUGAUGCUGAGUCUCGCUGUCUCUGAUCUUGUAGUUGGUUUAAUAGCUCAGCCAUUAUUUAUUGCAUUGGAGAUUUCAGGGUACUAGAGCCCAUUUGUACCAUUUCCAUUCGUCAAGUUAUUCAGGGGAAUUUUGUAUGUACUUUCUAGCACUUCGUUCCUCGGUGUCAUGGCUCUGAGUGUGGACAGAUUCCUGGCUGUUCAACUUCAUCUCAGAUAUCAAGAGCUUGUGACGUCCAGGCGCGUCGCCGGAGUGGCAAUUUUGCUAUGGGUGUUAAAUAUUUUUAUUUCAGCAGUUACUUUAAUUGGAUCCAAGUUUUACUCCUCGUAAUUUGGAAUAUUUGUUUUAUUUGCAUAACAAUUAUACGUUCCAAACUGUAUUUCGCUUUACGACGCCAUGUAAACCAAAUUCAAGCUUUGCAAGCACAACGAGCGGUACCGAAAUCGAAUGGUGAAUUAGAGAAUGCAAUGAAGCUGAGAAAAUCUGCAGUCAGCGUACUCUAUCUAUAUUUUGUAUUCAUACUUUGCUAUUUACCAAUAUAUUCUUCUCUUGCUGUCCGGAUAAAUUUUGGACUACGUCGCUUCAGUGGCCCACCAUUGAAUAAUUUUUAGCUGUUCUCUCAGACACUUAUGUUAUCCAGUUAUUUACCGCUGGAGAAUGAGAGAUAUUGGACAUUCUAUCAUGGGCAUACUGCGAAAUAUAUUUGCAUGUGAUAAAAACGUUUUAAAAUUGAGAGAGGUUGGAAAGGUUAUGAGUGCUUCAGUAAAUAAAGUGUAUACUUCGCUUGCUAUUAAAUUGUUCCUUCCUUAUUCGGGGUGCGUUUCAGAAAAUUUAGCAAAGUAACGUCCCUGAAGUAUUUUAUGUGGAUUCAGUGAUUGUGUCAAGCUAUUUAAGUCACCCUCCCUUUGAAUGGAAACGAAUAAAUGGGCGCGAGUUUAUGUUUUAUUCCAAGCAAAAUCAUUCGAUUGCAAAACCCCGGGAAAUUAAUUUCGGCGUGGUAACAGGAGGAAAUGUCCAAGAUUACGAGAUUGUCUGCCGGUUUAUUAUCAUUAUUGGCGCAAGUGUUUAUGAAUAAUCUCUUGAGUGGCGUCAAAUUUACAGCUAAACAGGCAAAACAAUUCGGUUCGUUGGGUUGGACAAAACAUUUUUGUGAGCAAAUUUAUAAUUUAUUAUGUAUACUUUGGUUUGUGAAACUUGGAGGAGAAGGAUUAACGUGAAGGAGUUGACUCCUUUUCAGCAUUUACAGCGAUCAUUUUCAACAAUAUAAUAAUUCAAGCCAUAGGUAACACUUCCUCUUUACCAAAACCUUUGAAGGCAUUGCUACUGAAUCUUGCUGUAUCUGAUCUCGCUGUCGGUUUAGUAGCUCAGCCAUUAUUAACUUCAUUGAAUUGCAACUGUUUCAUGGUGGGAUUAUAAUUUACGGGUCAUCCAACUUGCACACCCACAAACGCGUUCUUGGUCUGGCGAUCUCAACAUGGGUGCUUAGUGCUUUUCAGUCAUCCUUUUUGCGUUUGGACCACUUAUACUGAAUCACAAUUAAUCAAUCCAAAUCAUCGUUUGGAGUCUUUGCUUCAUUUUCAUAACUGUUAUAAGCGACAGACUUUGCUUUGCAAUAAGACUCCAUGUAGACCAGAAUCAAGCUUUACAAGUACAACAACUAGCGCAUAAUGGGGAAUCAGCAAAUGCCGUUAGGCUGAGGAAAUCGUCGAUCAGCACA